AUUUGGAUCCGUGUCAAAGAUAUCAACAUGAGCGCCGUGGUCGUGAUCGCCGUCGUCGGCGCUGGGCGCAUGGGCCAGAUCCGACUGGCAGGGCUACAGUCCAGUCCCAAGAUGAGAGUCGCGUACGUCAUCGACGAGAACCUUCAGCAGGCGCAGACACUUGCGGCGCAAUUCAACGCCACUGGAGUCAAGACUCUAGCGGAGGCCUUGCAUGACCCUCAGGUCACUGCAGUAUGGAUUUCCACUCCAACUUUCACACACCUCGAGCUCAUUCGGGAAGCAGCUCAAGCUGGGAAAGCCAUAGCCGUCGAGAAGCCAGUGGCAGGGACACUCGCAGACCUCGAUGCCGCCUACCAAGCAUGCCAAGAUGCGUCAGUUCCUCUCUUCUGCUCCUUCCAGCGCCGCUUCGAUCCGCAUUACGCUGCCCUACGAGAUGCCAUCACGUCAAACUCCAUUGGCGCCAUCCAGUCCAUCCAAACCGUGUUCCGCGACCACCCGUGUCCCCCCGUCGAGUUUCUCAAGGCUGGCGGCGACCCUUUCCACGACUUGGCCGUCCAUGAUAUUGACUUUGUCUGCGAUGUCUUGAACGAGUACCCAUCGCAGGUGCUGGCCUUUGGCACGAGUUUAAACGCGGCUCUCCGUGAUGCUAAUGUUAUGGACAAGGCGUCCGUGUGGCUGCAGUUCCCGUCCGGCGUCGUGUGUACGAUGGACCUGGCGCGGCAUGCCAGCUACGGCUACGACCAGCGCAUCGAAGUGUUUGGUGAACUUGGGAUGCUGGACGUGCAGAACCUGCACAAGACGGCGCUGCGCCAGUCGUCGGCCGCAGGAGUGACCGAAGCGCCGUACUUGCACUCGUUUCCCCAGCGAUUUCGAGAUGCAUACGAGUUCGAAAUUGACCAUUUUGCCAGCAUCGUACUGUCCAACCAAGUGCCCAGCGUCACGUGGAGAGCUGCUCGCAAUGCCACGAUAGUCGCCGAAGCCUGCCGUCAGUCUGCGUCGCUCCGGCAACAGGUGACUGUUUCGUACGACUAAGUGCAUGUUUGACGGGAGGCAGACCUGGUGCUUUGAUGUUGCCGUACGUACACCCCUGGCGGUGGCCCUUGGGUUUCGAUUAUUCUAGUACAAGCAUAAACAAUGAGAAUCGAAUAGAUCGAGUAUAGGAGUAGUG